GCUAUGGCCUAGAAAUGUAGGGCAGUGCACAUCACUCACUUUACCUACUUGGGGGCCAUCACUUCAUAUCUAAAUAUCAGCUGGCUGGUAAGGUUUGUCAACUUUGUUGCAUGUGAUUGGUAGAGCAUAUGCUGGUCCUACACAUGACCAAUAUUGCUCCAAACAACAAUCUGUGUGCAUGGAUUUUGUCAACAAUGACUCCUGACACAGGAUUUUCCCCUGGUGGUUUCCCUUUCUCAUCACCUUGAGUGAGAUAAACAGGAAUCAGUGUCUGCAGCCUCAUUUCAUGGGCUUCCCUGCUAAGUUGUCAAGCAACUUAAAAUGAGCCAGGACAGCACUAUUGCUGUUGUAGGAGGUGGCUUGGUGGGGUCAUUAUGUGCAUGUAUGCUGGGAAAACGAGGUUUCCAAGUGGACCUUUACGAAUCGAGAGACGAUAUGCGGACUCAAGAGCAUGUCACGGGGCGCAGCAUCAACCUGGCGCUGUCAACACGGGGAAGGGCUGCACUUUCCUUAUUGGGUUUGGAGGAGCAGGUCAUCGAGAGACACGGCAUACCAAUGAAUGCGCGUCUCAUUCACGACCUCGAUGGAAAACGCAGGCCCAUCCCUUACGGACAGAAAGGACAGUGCAUUUACUCUGUGGGACGAAGGUACCUGAAUGAGGUGUUGCUAUCAGCGUGUGAAAAGAAUCAGCGCGUAAAGCUCCAUUUCAAGCACAAACUGAAAUCUGCUAACCUAGAUCAAGGGAAGCUCAACUUCGCGAGACCAGACGGCACAGAGCACACUGUGCAGCGCAACGUAAUAAUAGGCUGUGACGGGGCCUAUUCUGCUGUGCGGAGGGAGAUGCUGAAGCGACCGCUGUUCAACUAUUCCCAGUCUUACAUUCCACACGGAUACAUUGAGCUGUGUAUCCCCCCAACGCAUGAUGGAAAGUUUGCAAUGGAAGUGAAUUACCUUCACAUUUGGCCUAGGGGAAAAUUUAUGCUGAUAGCCCUUCCGAAUCAAGACUGCACCUACACCGUGACACUGUUUAUGCCAUUCGACAUGUUCUAUUCGUUGAGCACACGGGAAAAGCUCUUAGAUUUCUUUGGGCAGUAUUUUCCGGAUGCCAUUCCCCUGAUUGGAAAGGAUGAUCUGGUAGAAACAUUUUUCUCGAUAAAGCCGUCACCACUCGUCAUGGUGAAGUGCAAACCGUAUCAUGUUGGUGGAAAAGUUCUGAUUAUGGGAGAUGCCGCACAUGCUAUGGUUCCGUUCUAUGGGCAGGGCAUGAAUGCUGGAUUUGAAGACUGUUGCAUCUUGAAUGAGUUGUUGGAUAUCUACGGCAGUGAUUUUGACGAAGUCUUCCCAAAGUACACCGAAGUCCGAAACCCAGAUGCUGAAGCAAUUUGCGAUUUGGCACUCUACAACUAUAUUGAAAUGAGAGAUCUUGUAAAUUCCCCGAUGUUCCUACUACGUAAAAAGUUUGACAUUGUCCUGAACAAGCUUAUGCCAAACUUCUGGAUUCCACUCUACACAUCAGUUACAUUUUCUAGACUGAGGUACCAUAAAUGUAUUGAAAAUCGUGCAUGGCAGGACAAGGUUAUUACCCGGCUUCUUGGAACUGUAUUUGUGAGUGGAGCUGUUGCUGCAUUGGCAGUAGGAGUGCAGGCUGUUUUGAAGCUCAAUGUGCCUUGAACGGGCGACCUACAGAAGGCCUUGGUUUCCUUUUUGGAAGCUAGUUUGUGAAAGAAUGAAUAAAAAUAGAUGCUGUUUGUCUGAUAUUGACA